CAGGCCCUGCAGCAGAAGAAUGUGGAGUGUGCCCGUGUCUACGCCGAGAACGCCAUCCGCAAGAAGAACGAGGGGCUCAACUGGCUCCGCAUGUCCUCCCGCGUGGACGCCGUGGCCUCCAAGGUCCAGACAGCUGUCACCAUGAAGGGGGUGACGAAAAACAUGGCCCAGGUGACCAAGGCCUUGGACAAGGCUCUGAGCUCCAUGGAUCUGCAGAAGGUGUCGGCGGUGAUGGAUAAAUUUGAGCAGCAGGCUCAGAACAUGGUGAUGGAGGACUCCAUGAGCUCUGCGACCACCCUGACCACGCCCCAGGAGCAGGUGGACAGCCUCAUCGUCCAGAUCGCCGAGGAGAAUGGCCUGGAGAUCAUGGACCAGCUGAACCAGCUCCCCGAGGGGGCCUCGGCAGUGGGGGAGAGCUCCGUGCGCAGCCAGGAGGACCAGCUCUCCCGGAGGUUGGCUGCCCUGCGGAAUUAA